AUGGCGAGCAGAAUCCAAAUCACCAAAACGGUGUGCAGCCACUGUUACAAAUCCAACGAGACCCUUUCAUCCUGCGCAGGAUGUCAUCUGGUCCAGUAUUGCGACAAGGCAUGCCAAACCGCUCACUGGAGCAAACACAAGCUGGACUGCAAGUCCAAACUAUCCAAAGAUCAAUGGGUCCCCCAGUUUGAGCUGGAAAACCGGUUGCCAGCUUGGGUCGAAGUCAACCCAAAUCCCGCUCAGGGAGAGGCACCGUUCACCGGGUUCAAUGCCCCUGGCCACCCUCGUGCAAUGCCCGCCAUUGAUGUACUUCGCCUGGACGAGAACGAAGGCGCUGACUGGUCUCAGCCUCUCAAUCUAUUGUUCCCUGUCUCUGGAGACGUUUCAAGCGUGGUAAAGACAGUUGUAGACCUACCUGAGACGUUCUCGGCACCUUUGCGCAUCGUAAUCAACGACCUAAGCAGUCUUGGGAUACGCAACUACAUGCUCAUACUAAUGGCCAUAUCCUCCAAAGAUCCAACCAUCACUGCUGAGCUGGCAGUAAACCUAUGGUACAAUGAGUUCUGGCCAUCAACGUAUGCUGGGGCUCUACGGCGUAUGAUAAAGUCUGUCGUGAACCGUCUUGGAGACUUCUCAAACUUGGCAGACAUUUCUGCAGAAGGAAUGACUGAUCUUCAUGUGGCUGGGCCCUCUUUCGAGCAGAGAAAGGUUGACGAGCGAAGAUUCGGAGGACAUACACUGAAGAUUUACCUGUCACAAAAGCAAUGCCUCGCCCUGGGACCUUGUUAUGAGGGCUAUGACAUGAAAAAGGACAUUGCCGACCUAAAGUCACAGCGAGCCAAACCAUGGGAGGCGCAAGGCGCUCGCAGGGAUGAUUGGGAUACUAUUCUCAUGCGUAUUCCUCCAUCGUGGCGUGAGCCAUUCUACAAGUACUUCAAUGAGCGUAUUGUGCUACCCUUUGGAGCCUUUCGGCACAAGACAUGGUACACGAACAACACGCUCAGGCUGGUAGGAACUAGUUUCACCAAUCCGUUGGAGAGCUGGGAUUUGAAUGAAGUGCUUGCCACCGAGGCAGGAGUGUCCCGCAACGACAUAUAUGGCAAACUUUUCUUUUAUGUUCGCGGCCUAUUUGAGAAGUUCAUCGUACGGCUCCGAUCACUCAAAGUUGACUUUGAAGUCCACAAUUGUGACCCGGUUGAGUUGUCGGAGCAUCUGUCAGGGAUUGAAUUCGACAGGAUCAUGGUUUCGUAUCUGGGACAUUUUCAGGUCUGGGGACUGCAGACAAUGCUGGAUACCUUCAGACCGCUUCUCAAGUCAACAAUGCAGAAUCGUCACGCAACCUUGAUCGAUAAACAUAGCUCAUUCAACCGCGACCUCUUCGACUUCAAUCAUUGCAAUAUAUGCAACCCGGGAUAUCCAUUGACAUUACGGAAGCUCAGGACUUCUUCGGAAGUACUCUCAGAGUCCGAAGGGGUUGAAUUGUUCAUGCAGCCGGGAUCAUCUAGCCGGCCGAAUCCUUGGGAUUUUAUGGGUCACUUUCGUACAUCGUGGACUUGGAAGCGUCUGAUGGCGCACCGCAUUAUUGAGAGCUUCGACGGUGAUUGGGAGCUGUACCAGAAAAUUCAUCGUUUUGAUGAAAUCGCCGCCGAAACAGGCAUGCGCAAGAAGGUGAACACUGUCGUUGAGUUCAAGCCGUUGGCACUCAAGCUUGCAAAGCAGAAUGAAGGCAAAACCCGGGCCACUCCAGAAUCACAGGCAGAGUUCAAUGCGUUGCUUGCCUUUAAUCCGCUGAGCGACUGUAGAUAUGUCGAGUGGCAGAGGAAUCCGGCUGGUGUGGCUACGGGAUUGACUGGAACGACUGCUGGACGUCAUGGUCCAACAUGCUACAAGGAGUAA